AUGGAAGCGCGGAUGCCCUACGACGAUGUUGCAUGGGAAAAGAGUGACGAAGUCGCUGAAACCUGGCAAGAUCAGUGUAUUUCCCCUCCUGAGUCCUUUCGAUCGAUUGGAGAUUUUCUUCUCAAGCACUACAACGCUGGUGGUGCCUUUGAAUUCAACGGGUUACCUGUAGGUGGGUUCAACAUCGCUCUGCAGAUGAAAUUUGCAAAUGAUUGCGCAGCUAUCAUUCGGUUCCCAAUCCCUGGUUAUACCAUGUUCCCAGAAGAAAAAGGGCGCAAUGAGGUCGCCAUCAUGCGUUUCAUCACCCACAAAACUUCCAUUCCAGUGCCCUUCAUAGCUCACUGGGGAGACAAAGAGGAGAGUCCUUUGAAACUAAGUCCUUUUAUCAUCAUGGAUUAUGUCAAACACCUGCAAAGUAUGAUGGACAUUCUCAAGAUGCCAGACCGCCCUAGAGAAGAAUAUAUCAGACUUGAUCGAAGAAUCGAAAAGGCCAGACUAAGGUCUCUUUAUAGAGAACUAGCGAGAGUUCUCCUUUUAUUAUCUCAACAGCCGCAAAACAAGAUAGGGUCCCUUUGCCAGGUUGAUGAGCUUACCUGGGAAGUCAUAAGUCGACCCCUGUCUUUACAUAUGAAUGAACUCGUUCGUUUAGGGACCUUGCCCCAAUCGGAACUACCCACUACCACUUUCGAUACAGCGUCUUCGUACUUUGAGGCCCUAGCAGAGCUACAUAUUUCACAUCUUAUAAACCAACAGAAUGAUGCUGUGGACUCAGCUGAUGACUGUCGGCGCAAAUUUGUGGCGAGGUUUCUAUUCCGAAAGCUUGUUCGAGAGCAGAAGUUCAAAAGGCAAUGGAUAUUUUUUGAGAAUGAUUUUAAGAUUUAG